GUGGUAAAGGAGCUGCUGCGAGAUGGCGCCGACGUCCACCAGAGAUGCCGUUGGACGCACAUGACCGCCCUGCACUACGCCGCCUACUUCGACGUGGCGCCCGUGCUCGACCUGCUGCUCAGGGAUCCCAAGGGCGUAUGCAUCAACGACGCAUGCCUGGAGUACUCCGGAGGGACGCCCUUGCACAUCGCCGCCGCCAACCUGAGCCUGAGCGCCACCCGGGUCCUGCUCCAGCACGGCGCACUCCCGACUCUCACCGACACCCAGGGACGCACGCCCUUCCAGUGCAUCCCCGCCCCCGACCAAUACGAACUCGUCCCCGAUGUCCAAGAUGUGAUCGGGCGCCUCCGUGCUCUACUCUCCCCUACCGGCACCCACGCCCACACCUCCGCCCACGCCCACAGCUACGCCCACACCAACAGCCAAGGGUCUUCGGGAAGGGCUGUACUCAAGGCCAUGGGACUGAAGCUCGGCGAUCGAGUCCUUGUGAGCGGCGUCAAGACAGGGACGCUGAGGUUCGUUGGCGCUACAGAGUUCGCGACGGGUCUGUGGGCGGGAGUCGAACUGGAGACUCAGUCCGGCCGCCACAAUGGCACUGUCAAGGGCGUCAUGUACUUCCGGUGUGCUAACAAUUAUGGUGUCUUCGUACCCGUCAACCGCCUGACGAAGAUCCCCAACGUGAGCGGCGGCGGACGCCAGGGCCGCUCCACCUCCGUCGCGCACCGCCAGCAGCGCUCUCCGAGGGUGAGCGGGGGGGCGCACCCCAGUCGCCGCUCCGCCUCGCUGCCGCCCGGACGCGUCAAUCACGGUCGCGUCGACGUCUCCAGGGUGGCUUCGCGGGUUGCUCAAGACAUCCGCAACACCACCCGUAAGAUUGUGGUGGGCGACCGCGUGUACGUGGACAUGGGCGUGGGUAGCGGCUCGUCCCAGCGCGCGGUGACGGGCGUGGUAAGGUACACGGGCGCGGUACACUUCGCCUCAGGAUUCUGGGUGGGCGUGGAGCUCGACUUGACAAGGGGCACCAACGACGGUUCGGUCAACGGUACGAGGUACUUCGCCUGCAGGAACCAGCACGGGAUCUUCGCCGCGCCCUCCAGGGUCAUAAAGAUCAGCAGCGACCCGGACGCUGAGGACGUGGGCGCGGACAUGCGUCACAGCCGCUACUCCCUCAGUUCCACCCACGGCUCCACCCACGCCAUCAACACCUCCUGCAGCGGCUCUCUCAGCCUAGGCUAUUGCCCACCGCCGCCCUCCUUCGCCGGCUCAGGACCCAUCAGCCUAGGAACAAGCAUGGGCAGCUCCUCCAGCGCCGUCCUGGGCACGAGCGUGGACGACCCCUACGACGAGUGCGUGCACCUGCCCCCCGCCAGCCACCUCCUGGACGACCAAGCGCAGGGGGCGCUCGCCAGGACGCACUCGCUCAAGACGGCCAUCUACCCCAGCACCACCAUGACCAGCCUCAACAGGUCCUUCUCCGCGCGCUACGUAUCGUCCCGGCAGCGGCAGGAGGAGAUCGAGCGCGCGGCGGAGGAGCGCAAGAAGGAGCAGACGUGGUGCGACCCCCCGGUUCUCCCCGGACCCAAGAACCCCAAGAAGAAGACGGAGGACCAGCACUGGCUCGAGGUCGGCCAUAACGUCUUCUACAAGAAUGAAGUCGGCGUGAUCAAGUACAUCGGGCGCGUGGACUUCGAGGCGGGCGUGUGGCUGGGCGUGGAGCUGCGGGCGGCGAAGGGGCGUCACGAUGGCGUGGUCCGUGGGCGUCGCUACUUCAGCUGCCGCCCGCGCCACGGCAUCAUGGUCCGCCCCAGCAAGGUGUACGUGAGGGGAAUCAACGGAGCCACACUCGUGAAACCCGAGGAGGAGCUCGAGGAGUAGAGGUGUUCCUCGGGGCCGCCCGGGAGUCGGACUCUCGGGAGAGUCGAUGGAAUUUAAGAGUAGAAUUACGUGUCUUUGCAUGUCGCUCGUGAUGGCCUCUGGGUUCU